UCUUCUUCAGCAGAUGCAGCAGACGAACAUCUCAGGAUCGUGAUGGUUGGGAAAACUGGAGCUGGGAAGAGUGCAGCAGGAAACAUCAUCAUAGAAAGAAGAGUUUUUAAAUCCACUUCGGCUUCAUCUUCAGUAACAGCAGAGUGUCAGAAGGAAACAUCAGAGUUUGGGGGUCAAGCACUGGCUGUAGUUGAUACUCCAGGUCUGUUUGAUACCAAACUAUCUCAAGAGCAGGUGGUGAAAGAGAUCAGUAAGUGCAUCUCCUUUGCUGCUCCUGGUCCUCACGUGUUCCUGGUUGUGAUCCAACCAAACAGAUUCACCAAAGAAGAACAAGAAACAGUGAAAGUCAUUCAGAAGAUAUUCGGAGAUGAAGCGUCACGCUACACUAUGGCCUUGUUCACCCACGGAGACGAUCUGGAAGCAGAUGAAGUCAGUGUAGAAGAUUUAAUUAAUGGAAAUAAAGAACUCAGUGACUUCAUCAGUCAGUGUGAGGGAGGAUAUCAUGUUUUUAACAACAGACAAAAGGAUUCCUCUCAGGUCAAGGAGCUGCUGAAGAAGAUCAACACAAUGGUCCAGAGAAACGGAGGAAGCUGCUACAGCAAAGAGAUGUUUGAAGAAGCUGAGAAAGCAAUAAAAGCAGAAAUGGAUCGACUCCUGGAAGAAAAUCCAGAGAUGUCAGAAGAAGAAGCCAGAAGACGGGCAGAAAGAGAAAACGAGUUCAACAGGGCUUGUUUGAUAGGGGCGAGCGUUGGAAGCAUCUUAGGCCCAGCGGGAGCAGCACUGGGAGCAGCAGUGGCAGCUGCAGUUGUAGCACUGAAAAAUAAAUGUGUCACACAGUGAAGGUGAAGAAUGAAGGUUCAUAAUCGACAUAUUUCCACCUCAGAGUUGGUAUGCAGACGACUCAGCACUAUACUCAAAAUUAACUCAGUGGACUAGAACAGAAAUAUAUCCCACUAUUAGAACUACACAGCAGUAUAUGGCCACAUCAGGCCUAUAAUGGAAUAAUUCUAGUUAACCCUCACAUGUAGAUUUAGGUGGUUAGAACUUCACUGCAUGGUUUUGCACAGCUAUGCAUGUUUAGAUGGCUGAGAAUAAAAGAGGAGCUGAGACGUCCCAGAGUUGACUGUGAACUGUGGUGUUUGAUGUGUGUCUGUUCUGCUGUGUGUAGUAACAAAUACUUUGACCACAGCUCUUUGCAGACUUUAUUUAUGUUUUAAUUCCACGACAGAAUGCAAACAGCUUGUUGAUUGGAUGAGAAUCUUGGAGCUGCACGAGCAAAAUGUAACUAUGUUCACUAAUAAAGGUCAUGUUUACUGUGUGUUUCCAUUUAUGCAUAAAUCAAUACACUUGUGAUGUAAAUGAGUAUAGUAAUGUUAAUGUAGUCCUCUUGCAUACUGAAUACUGCAUGCUGCGUUGUUCAUGGCUGCAUGAGAGCGGGGCGCUCCUGCUGGUACAGCAGACAUUACUGUCUCUUCAUGCUGGAGGUGGGACAUAAAUUCCCACUGUGGGCGAGCCGUCACUCUGACCAGCUGCUGCUGAGUGUGUUCCUUGUGUUUGGACCACACAGUGUGUACGAACAAUAAAGCUUUGCAAAAUUCUCAACACUGUGUUUAUUACUAAAGUCAUAGCUUAUCUCCUUCCAGCGGCGGGUCUGUGCUAGACAGACCAAU